CGUUAAAGUAAGUUUUUCAAAAAAGUCCUAAAAUAAUGGUAGUCCUAACGGAAUAUUAAGUUAACACGUCUCACUGUAUCCAUCUCCUUUCCUGAAUAAAAUUUUCUCAUUUCCAGAAUUCUCUGCACUGCGCCUCUCUACCAAGCAUAACGACAACGUUUCUCUCUUUCACUGCAUAUAUAUCAUCGUAUUCUUUUGCUUCUCUUCUGAGAUCCUGCUAAAUAAGGAUCUGUCACGCCGACGCACUAAAUUACUGAUGUUCAAGCUUCUUAUUGUGAAGGCUUGGUAUUAAUUUUUUUUUUCUUUUCUUUGCAUGAAAAUAUGGACUUUGAAUAUCAGGAGGUGUAUAUAAAGAAUUCAAGAGGAGUGCAGCUCUUCACUUGUAGAUGGUUGCCUGCUUCAUCUUCUCCAAAAGCUCUUGUUUUCCUCUGCCAUGGGUAUGGCAUGGAGUGCAGUGUUUACAUGAAAGAAUGUGGAAUCAGGCUAGCACGUGCAAGAUACGCUGUGUUUGGAAUUGACUAUGAAGGCCAUGGACGGUCCUCUGGUUCUCGUUGUUACAUCAAGAAAUUUGAAAAUAUUGUCAAUGAUUGCAAUGAAUUUUUCAAGUCAGUCUGUGAGAAAGAUUACAGUAACAAGGGCAGGUUCCUGUAUGGAGAGUCUAUGGGAGGGGCAGUGGCCUUGUUACUGCACAAGAAGGAGCCCUCCUUCUAUAAUGGUGCUGUUCUUGUUGCCCCUAUGUGUAAGAUAUCAGAGAAGUUGAAACCGCAUCCAGUGGUGGUUAAUAUAUUGACGAGUUUUGAAGAGAUUAUUCCAAAAUGGAAGAUAGUCCCAACUAAAGAUGUCAUUAAUGCAGCUUUCAAAGAUCCUGUCAAGCGAGAAGAGAUAAGGAACAACAAUCUGAUAUACCAGGACAAGCCUAGGCUGAAAACUGCCCUUGAAAUGCUCAGAACUAGCAUGAGCCUGGAACAGAGUUUAAAUCAGGUUAGACUACCAUUCCUUGUGCUGCACGGUGAUGCAGAUACAGUGACAGACCCAGAAAUAAGCAAGGCCUUGUACGAGCAAGCCAGCAGCAAAGACAAAACCAUGAAACUGUACUCUGGAAUGUGGCAUGGGUUGACAGCAGGGGAGACCAAUGAGAAUGUGGAUAUCGUAUUUGCAGAUAUCAUAGACUGGCUUGACAAGCACACCCACGAUCUUAUCCCUGAACCCAUUAUUGAACCCUUCAACAAUGGCAUAGAAAGACUUGAUGAGUUUCCUACAGCAGUGAGUAGCAAGCAGAGCCAGAGAAAACAAUCCUAUGGUAUUUACCUCUGCGGAUUCAGGGAACCGCGCACGCUCCACUCUGCCAUGUAGCUUUUAGCUUAGCUCACUGUCUGUCCUCGCAAUGGCUUGUUGCAUAUAUCCAUUACUAUUAGCAGUCCUGCAAAUGUUAAAAAUAUUUGUAUUUAUAAAGGAAAUGAAAUAAUAAGCAAUGCUUUUGUUUGA